GGAGGGGGCCCUCCAAACCUAUAAAGCCUGCCAGCCCACUGGAGUUAGCGAGGACAGUCCCAACCUGCCCGUUAUAUUCAGCGCCGCGCCGCAGGUCACAGACAACAUGAGCUCUCGCUUCAUCCUGGCUGUCUUCCUUGUCCUGCUGGUGCUGGGAUUCGAGGUCCAAGGGGCCCAGUCGCUCCAGCAAGAUGAUUCGGGCAGCUCAGCUCUGCUUGGCAAGGUGCAGGAGUCCCUUUCCAGUUACUGGGACACGGCUAAGGCAGCUGCCCAAGACCUGUACCAGAAAGCGUACCUGACCAGUGUGGAUGAGAAGCUCAGGGACAUGUACAGCAAAAGCUCGGCGGCCAUGAGCACGUAUGCGGGCAUUUUUACCGACCAGCUUUUUACUCUGCUAAAGGGCGAGUAAUGCCGCGCAAACCCCGAGGUUAGGGGACGGGAGACCCGGGCCCUGGAUCUCUUCAUUCUCAUCACCUGGCCAGGAUGGUCCUCAUUCCCCUGUCGCAGCAGCUCUUGUCUUCUUCUGCCUCUAGAUUGAACUCUUUCAAUGAAGGAAUAAAUCAGUCCCAGUUCAUUGA